CCACAACAAACCUAAUCUCACUCCUCACCUUUCUCUCCCGCUCUCUCCGCCGGCGGUAAAGCCAUGUCGCACUUCGGAAGGUCAGGUCCGCCGGACAUCAGCGACACCUACUCUCUUCUCGUCCUCAACAUCACCUUCCGUACGACUGCAGACGAUCUUUAUCCUCUCUUCGCUAAGUACGGAAAAGUCGUUGAUGUCUUCAUCCCCAGAGAUCGAAGGACUGGUGAUUCGCGUGGUUUUGCAUUUGUUCGGUAUAAGUAUAAAGAUGAAGCUCAUAAAGCUGUGGAAAGGCUUGAUGGACGAGAGGUUGAUGGUAGAGAAAUUACUGUUCAGUUUGCUAAGUAUGGUCCUAAUGCUGAGAAGAUUUCCAAAGGAAGAGUUGUGGAACCACCUCCAAGGUCACGGAGGUCAAGAAGCCGUAGUCCUCGAAGGAGCCGUAGCCCUCAUAGACGUCGUAGUCCUAGGAGAAGCCGUAGUCCUCGCAGGAGGUCCCGAGAUGAUUACAGGGAAAGAGACUACAGGAAGAGGAGCAGAAGUAGAAGCAAUGAAAGGCGUGACAGGCAUCAUGAGAAGGAUAGGGAACAUCGCAGGCGGAGUAGGUCUCGUAGUGCUAGCCCGGAUGACAAACGCAGAGUCAGAAGCCGUUAUGAUGAUGAUAGCCGCAGUCGCAGCCGCUCCUUGAGUCCUGUUCGCCGCAGCCGAAGCCCUAGAAGUGCCUCCCCGUCAAAAGCCUCUCCAGAAAGGCGAAGCAAAGAGAGGUCUCUAUCUCCUGCUCCCCGCAGCCGUAGCCCAAGAAGUCCUUCCCCGGAAAAGGCCUCUCCUGAGAGGAAGAGCGAUGAUAGGUCUCCAUCUCCUCGGGACACAGCUCCUAGUCAGUCUCCUAAUCCAGAGGAAUGAACGCAUCCUUGUGAGGGAGAGACAGUGUAUCAAAACAUGUUUGCUUGAAUUGAUGAUGUUUCAUCCUCAAGCAUAAGAGCUUCUACUCUCUGUAGUAUUGGUUGAAUUUCCUCUGGUUCGAGAAAAGAAUUGACUUGGGAAGAUGGCACAACCAUGUUGAGAUUGUAGCUGUUGCUGCUGUUUUUGAAACCGUAGAUGAUUGAUGUCUCAUGAUCGUUGAUAGAUGUGUCAUGCUUGAUGAUAGAUGCCGGUUUCAACACCCUGAUGAAUCUACCCCUACCAUAUAUAGUUAGCUUCUUUGUCUCAAACUUGUUGUCAAAAUACCAAGAAGGCUUUGGUUAGUCCUGUGUUUGAAUCUAGUUUUAAAUUUAUGGUAAAUCAUUUCUUCGUUCGGUU